GCCGUGCCGCUUGAUUCUUGCAGUCGACUUUAAGACCGCGAUGCGACGAUCAAGCUAACGGUCAAGAGAAGCCGGAGCAACCUUCCACGUUCGCGUCCGUGCAAUUCGAAGGUCCACCGACUCGAAGUGUAGAAACGGAUUUCCGUUUUCUUUCUUUCCGCUUUUCUCGUCCUUUCUGCAGGACAUGACCAACUCGUAAGACGCGAUUUCAACCGCAUUUUGUGCAUUCCGGUUACGCCUACGAUCCGCGAAAGGAACGUUCGCUUGCUCGUACGAGUGUUGCGUUUACGUGCGGUAGCCAGGUGAAUUCUCAGUGAGGUGCGGCCGAAUUUCUUCCUCGGCAUCAUGGCCCAGAUUGCUCGUUCGUAGAGAAGAAUAUAAACAUGCAAAUUCCAAAGAAGUUGUUGCUGUUGCUAGCGGGAGCGUUUGUCGUUGCAGCGACGACGUCCGUUUGUCCGUGGUCGCAGUAUACGGUGGAUCUCGAUAGCUCAUGCAUCUGCGAUUAUAAUCUAGCUGGCGAGCUCUCGGUACAGUGCGAUAUUGUCGAUUAUGAACAACUACUGUCGGCGAUUCGUCGUUACGCCAUCAAAACGCCGAUCGAUCUAUUUUAUAUCAAUAAUAGUACAAUCGGUGUCUUAAGGAACAAUACGUUUGCCACUUUAAAGAUCAACAAUAUACAGCUAUCUGGGUGUCGUAUUAGGAGCAUCGAACCAGAGACUUUCAAGGGUCAGGAGAAUCAUCUAAAGAGUUUGAAUCUUAAAGAUAAUGAACUCACGGAAAUUCCCGAUAUCAACUUGAAAAUCCUGAAGAACCUCACUGUGCUCGAUCUCUCGAUGAAUAAGAUUACCAAAGUCAAUGACAACGCCUUCGCUGGCACCAAAUUAAUCACGUUGAAACUUUCCGACAACGAGGUCACUCUCGUUCCGGGAUCGUUUCGUGGCUUGGAGAAAACCCUGAAAAAUCUCAAUCUCAAAGGAACGCGGCAGAAGAAAGUGCCGGAAGCGCUCAGAGGAUUGAAGACUCUGGCCUUCCUUGAUCUGUCACAGAACAGCAUACGCGAACUUCCCGGCACAUCCGGAACCAAAGCUUUCGAGGAUCUUGAUUCCCUUACAGGAUUAAACCUCGAGAGAAAUCUAAUCCAGAAUAUCGGUCCAGAUGCGUUCUUCGGCAUCAAAAACACUUUAAGCUCCCUCAGCCUGUUGAACAAUCUCAUUCCAGAUUUCCCUACGGCGGCUAUCAACAGCGUCCACGACCUUAGAGUGUUGGAUAUUGGAUUUAAUCUAAUCACCGAACUACCGGUCAACGCCUUUCAAGGAAACCCGUCGAUCACGCUGUUAGCGAUCGACGGUAACCCAUUGUCCACGGUCCCGGAAGAAGCACUCGCCCAACUGAACGGUACCCUGCGCGGCCUAAGUCUGGGCGGACGAUUCCUCGUCUGCGAUUGCCGCUUACGGUGGAUCAUUGAAUGGAUCAAGACGCGAGACCUACAGGUCACCAGUCGUGAACGCAAGCCACAAUUUUGUGGCAGCCCUCAGCGAUUGCAAGAAAAGAGUUUUUAUAAUAUCGAUCCCGAAGAAAUGAAUUGUGAACGACCGUCGGAAAUAAUCGGAAUCGGAACGGUGGAGAGCGUAGAUACGAGAGAACCGACGGAGACGGUAGCUGGAGAUACUGGUAUCCAUCUGCCGACCGUACGAUCCACAAUUUCUACAACUGAACUAGUCACCAGCACGACACAGCCUACGACCACGGCGAUAGUGUCGUCAACAACCGAGCAGAGAAGAACGACACCAUCGGCACCAUCCUCGACCUACAUUCCAACAACCCGACCGACUGCUGCGCGAACUGGAAAUGUCGUAGUCGUGAGGACCACAUUGUCGCCAUCAAAACAACCACAGGAACACGUGCAACAGCAUCAUCCGCCGAGACCACCGUUGGUCCUGGGUUCGCCAUUGUAUAAAUCGAAAUCGAACGAGAAGGACAUCAUUGUAAAAGAUGUGCUGAGACAGGACAACGCGGUCAUUAUAUACUGGGACACGGAGGCAACUAACAUUCUAGGUUUCAGAGUAAUCUAUCGUCUGUUCGGGGAUAAUAGUUUCAAGCAAGCACCACCGCUCGAGGCUAGCGAACGAGAAUUCAGAAUCAAGAACGUGCCUUCCCAGGAAUGCAUCGUAGUUUGCGUAAUCUCGCUGGAGGAAAUCAACAUUACACCGGCAAAUGUGCCGCAUAACCAGUGCCGUGAGGUCAGAACGGAAAAUUCGCCCACCUCGAACAUGGACAAGAUCACAAUUGCCGCGAGCGCGGCUAUCUGCGCCACGAUUAUCGUCGCGGUGAUUAUCUUCGUGGUUGCGAAUCGACGCCGCGCUCGUAAGCUGCAUACCUUGCACAGCAUCGAUCAAACAAAGAUGGGCGGUCCAAUCGCCGGUCUUCCGGUCAAUUGUUGCUCGAAUGUGGGUCCGACACCCAGCCCCGGCGGACCUCUGUCGUCAAUGGCCACUCUAAACGCCUACAACGCCCAGAAAGAGUGGGACCAGGUGUCGGCCUACAGCAACAGAAGCAUUCCGCGGCCAAGGAUUUUCUCUAUUGAUCGACAAGGAUCGAUAACCAGGGCAUCUUGCAUCGAUGACGUGCGUUCUCAGACCGGACACUAUAGCAGCAAAAUAUCUGCCCGAUCGAUCGCUGAUGGUCAAUCUCAGCAUAGCUUCUCCAACAAUUCCACGCGGUAUUUUUCGAACACUGCGUUAACUUCCAAUCUCGUCAGCACGAGACCAGAAUUACGACAAUCGCGCCAGUCGCUGGCGGCCGCCUCGGACCGGAUGUCGCGGUCGAACUUUAGCAGCAAUCACCUGCCUCCACACUCGUCAGCCCGGCGGCAGCGACCACGAUCGCGUAACCGCAAUCUGGAGUCAAAUCCCCCGCGACCUAGCAGCCGAUACAGUCUAGCCGAUUCCACGCACACUCUCAACAACUACGAUGAAAAUAACUGGACCGAUCAUGACAUGGAUAUUUACAUGGCUCGUAAUCCCACCACGAGGAGUGGCCUCGUGCCGCUCUAAAUAUCCGUGGCCUCGUUCAUUAUUGCUCAAGCGUAUUCAAUAGAGUCCAAUUUCAACCUUAAAGGAAUCCUAAAGUCGUCUGUUUUACCGAUUAUUUUCCAAAUAAGUAUUCUUCUAACUGCCUUUACAUACAGAUUUAAAAAUUUUUUACCACAAUUAAAGUAUAAACGGAAAUGUAGU